AUGUCCUCUGUACUCUACAUACUGGAUGAAAACUUGGAAACGCUGAUCAGCAAGAAUAUCAAGGCGGUACCGUCUUUGGAGUAUCCAAUUGCGCAGUUCAAGAAACUGUACGGGUCGAAUGCGCCACCGGUAAUCGAUUACCACGAUCUGUUCACGUUCACAUACAUCCAGAGAGACUCGCUACUCUUUGUGAGCGUGGUGGACAGAGUGGACACGGGGCUUGUGGAGACGCUCGUGUAUUUGGAGCACUUUUACGAGGUUUUGAAGAACUAUCUGGGCGUGAAGGUGCUCGAUAAGAACAUUGUGACGGACAAUUCUGUGCUGAUCUCGGAACUAAUCGAAGAAACCAUUGAUUUUGGUGCUAUCCAAGUGACUGAUUCCGGGCUGCUGGCUGACUACAUCAAGAUGAAGGUGAAUUUACCGGAAAGAGUGGGCGAGUCGGCCGAUUUGGGGGCCAGUUCGGAUUCAGAUUCGGAUUCGGACCACCCUGGGAAGCACAAACACAAACACAAGCACAAACACAAGGGCAAGGGUAAGAAGGGUGCCCAAACCGGUAUGGGGGACAGCGAGAAGAAUGAGAUUGAGGAUUUAACGCAGCGUGCGAAGAAGAUCACGGGCGAUCCGCUAAUGUUGCUUGGUGGUUCUAAGAAGAAGAAGAACAAGAAGAAGCUUGUCAAUGACCUGGAUUUCCUGAUGCAAGAGGAGGAGGAGUUUAAUUUCCUGAACAGCGACAUUGCGAAGACCACCAUCAUGCCGAUCUCGUGGAGGACCAAAGGUAUCCACUAUGCAAAGAACGAGUUCUUCCUCAACGUUAUAGAGAAAGUCGAGUACUUUAUGGACUUUACGCAAAACGUCAUCAAGAAGAAUCUGAUACACGGGGAGAUCCGCUGCAAGUGUUUUCUCUCAGGGAUGCCCAACUUGAAAGUGUCCAUCAACAAGAUCGUGAAUGAGGACAAGCAGUUUUUAGCAAACUGUAAGUUCCAUCAGUGUGUUUCGUUGGCCUCGCUGGAGUCCAGCGACCACAAGGACGUUGAGUUUGUACCCCCAGACGGAGAGUUCACGCUGUGCCGGUACGAGCUGAAGAGACACGUCCGGGACGAGCCGAUGGUGAAGUUGGUCAAUUUCGAAGUUAAGCCGAAGCUGAAAAAGUUCAAGUUGAAGCUGCUGCUCACGAUCGAGACGCACUUUAAGACGACGAACGCGACAUCCAAACUGGCCUUAAGGGUCCCCAUAAAGCAGCUGUUCAGGGAGUACCGUGUGGACCUGAGCAAGAACCUCAAGUCCAAGUGCGACAGGGGUGCGAUACUGUUCAACAUCAGCGACGACUUCCUACUCUGGGAGGUCGGUUCGAUGAGCGGUGGUCAUGGGGAGACGCAACUGUCGAUGGGCGUCGAGUUUGCCCUAUUCAACCAGGAAGAAUACGACCGCGAACAAGAAAUGCUCAAGACGUCCAUGAAUCCGCCUCCGCUCCGCGAGGGUCCCAAACUGGAGGAACUGUACAAGCAAAUUCACGAAGACGACGACGACGACGACGGCAACACCGAGCCCGUUGCAGAACACCGGCUGCAGCCGCGCACAAGAGAAAUUGACAAGCUGCUCACCAUGGACUUCGAGGUGCCCUAUUGCACCUCCAGCGGGCUCCGCGUCGAGUACCUCAAGAUCGAGGAACCGCAGCUGGAGUACCAGUCGUUCCCCUGGGUCCGCUACACGACCCUCAGCGACGCCGAGUACGCCUACCUCAUCUACUGA